UGUGGCGAGGAGUCACUGCGGUCUUCCUCCUCGUUGUCAUUCUCAACUGCCAAAUCACAGAAGACAGAGUGGGAAUUUGCACUCCCAUUCCUUCUGAGUUACCCGAGAGUACUGCUCAGCCCAUUGUAAGAUGCUCAGUCAUUGACAUGAGCGAAUCUACUAAGCCAAAAACAAUGGUGUGUGAUGCCAGAACAAGCAUGUUUGCCAUAGCCGAUACCAUCAUGAAGAAGGUAUAUCCAGAGGCAGAAGGGCAGGUUACAUCUCACCCUGAUCUAACAGAUCCAAUAGCUAGACUGGAGGAGCUCAUAUCUCAGGGUAGGAUUGGUGCUCUCUCCCGUGAUCUCAGUCACCAAGUCAACCGCAUAAUUUCUGAUAGCAACUUGACCCCUCUGGGACUGACAGUGGCGGCUGGAAAGAGUGCAUCUGAUACCAUCCUUUCGAAGCUGAAGAGGAAUGACAAGGUGGGGAAGCCCACAACUUACGAGCUGGUUCAGCUGUUUGUAGAGGAGUCUGUUAAGUGCCUCCUGCUUCCUAGUUUUGUGCCCUAUUCAACUUCAAUGAGUUUGGCUCAGGGGGCCAAGGUGUUGGCUAGAGUGUCUGAAGAUAGAAUUUCAUGCUCUUCUUCUUCUUCAUCAGUAUUUAGUGACAGUCAGUCUCUUUACCAAAGUUAUGGUAAGCCAGGUCAUGUACUCUGUGGAUUCUGAUGCAGAAAGUAGAGGAUCCUCUCCAACUGAAUCUCUCCAAACAUCUGAACCCACUAUAUCUGAUGUAGGCAAUCUAUUGAGUGGCAAGUCCUCCCCUCGGCUGUCUCCUUCUGGCACCAUUAUGGCAACAAGCGAGACCUCCAAUGCAGCACAAAUCUUGAAGGCCAACAUUGAUGGAGAGGAAGUGGAUACCACCAGUCAUUCUGGUGUAGCUCAAAACAUUGUCAGGGACGAUAUGUCAACCAGCCCAGACAUGGUCAAAGAUGUCACACUUCCAACCCCAUCCUCUGAUAACUUGGGCAGUGAUGAUGACGUCACCGGCCUCAUCAGCGUGUUAGUAAUGAGAAUUCUAACAGAAAUCCAAACCCCAGCAGAAGAUUACCCAGUUGACGUCACACGCAAGUCACAAGACCUGAUCCCUAAAGUUAUGGAGGUCUUCUGUGCAUGGUCAGGCUGCUCUGAGACACAAGCCUAUCCAGAGAACUUGAGGAUUCAUAAAGUCUACAGAGUCGUCUAUAAAAAUCUGUUGGAGGAGUUUGGCUCUGAGAAAAUCCUCCAACAGGCCGUGUCGACUCAGGACUCUUCAUUUGAUAGGAUUCUUGUCAAGUCUUUGAGUGAAGCGCUUCUCCACAGAUGUAAUGAGGCAUUGAGGGCAGCCUCAAGAACAUCAGUCAAAACCACCGGGCCUAAGGCUCUUCCACUGGCUGAGGAUGUGAGGGCUAGCAGCGGGAAACUAUCUUUUCUACAAAGGCUGGUCAGGCUGACAAGCAACUUAAAGCUAUUCAAGAAGGGGAACAAGAAGGAUUCCCACCGCUCUGAAUCAGAACAAGUACAGACCACUGCUGAAGAUGGCAUGCUGCCCAGCAUAGUGCCACAUGCUGCCAUGUCUGCACUGCCAAAGGAUCUCCCCGCCAGCUCCCAACAGGAGACGCCUCACAAACGUCCACUUCUCGUCAGGAUGUUUUCUGCCAUCUCCAAAGGCCUGUUCAAGCCCUUCAAACAGUCCUUAAAGACCAAGUAACUUCAGACAAUUUAUUAAACGUCAUUCAUUGCA